UUUGUUCUGGUCCAGUCCGUCCAGCCCGUCCUGUCCGUCCUGUCCGUCCAGUCGAAUGUAGGAACCUCCAGUCUAUCGACCAGAGGUUAACAGACUCCGGUUUCUGUGGUGUCGGAUCUCGCCAUGACAUGACAACCCACCGAGAUGGAAAGCAGUGGGCGAGGGGAUGUGGUCUGCCGGAAAGUGAUCAACUUGUAAGAACGAUGCGUUUUCCGAUGCGCAUAUAUACGGGACCCCGAAGUCCUGUAGCAUUAUAUCAAGGUCUCGCUGCUUCAUUUCACAGACCAUCGACUGCUUCUCCAUCUUCCCUCCUCCAUCCUCCAUCCUCCAUCCUCCAUCCUCCACCCUCCACCCUCCACCCUCCUCCAACUACUCCCCCGUGCCCGCCCUUGUUCCCUAGGAACACCUCCCCCCAAACCUCCAACACAACAAAGCAGUCGUAACGCAUCACAGCCAUCAUGCCUUCUGCCAAGCGGGCCAUCCGCAUCGCCGGCUCGUCCGGCGGUUUCUCCGACCGCCAGCGCGCCAUCGGCGACCUGGCCAAGAACUGCGACAUCGACUGCAUCAUCGGCGACUGGCUCUCCGAGUGCACCAUGACCCUCCACGGCGCCCAGAAGAAGCAGAACGAGCGCCUCCUCAACGAGGGCCAGCUCACCGAGCAGCCCCAGGGCCUCUUCGACCCCACCUUCAUGGAGAACCUGAGCCCCGCCCUCCCCUACCUCAAGUCCAAGAACAUCAAGGUCGCCGUCAACGCCGGCGCCAGCGACACCGAGAUGCUCGCCGGCCUCGUCGAGGCCGAGAUCAAGGCCCAGGGCCUCGACCUCAAGGUCGGCUGGAUCAACGGUGAUGAGGUGACCGAGACCGUGCGCAGGAUGUAUGAGAAUGGCGAGGAGUUUACCAGCUUGAUGACCGGCAAGCCCCUGAAGGAGUGGGGUCACAUGGAGUACUUUGAGGCUGCCCAGUGCUACCUCGGUGGUGCUGGCAUCGCCGAAGCCCUCCGUCAGGGCUGCGACAUUGUCGUCGCCGGCCGCGUCGCCGACGCCGCCCCCACCAUCGGCGCCUCCAUGUGGUGGCACGGCUGGGACCGCGAGACCGACCUGGACCAGCUCGCCGGCUCGCUCGUGUGCGGCCACCUGAUCGAGUGCUCCUCGUACGUGUGCGGCGGCUACUUCUCGGGCUUCAAGCGCCUGAUGGACAAGUGCGAGAACAUCGGCUUCCCCAUCGCCGAGGUCGAGGCCGACGGGUCCUGCGUCAUCACCAAGGAGCCCGGCACCGGCGGCGAGGUCUCCGUCGGCACCGUCUCCUCGCAGCUGCUCUACGAGAUCCAGGGCCCGCUCUACUACGGCUCCGACGUCACCGCCAACCUCGAGGGCAUCGUCAUGACCCAGCUCGGCCCCGACCGCGUCCAGGUCACCGGCGUCAAGGGCCUCCCCGCCCCCGCCACCACCAAGGUCGGCCUCACCGCUUUCGGCGGCUACCAGGCCGAGUUCCACUACUACAUCUGCGGCCUCGACCUCGAGGAGAAGGCCGAGUGGACCGAGCGCCAGGUCCGUCACUCCAUCGGCGAUGCCGUCAAGGAUCUCAGCUGCCUCAAGUUCAGCCUGAACGGCUACUGCCCUCCCAACCCGCGUAACCAGGACGUCGCCACCGUCGACAUGCGCGUUUUCGUCCAGACCAGGCGCCGUGAGCUUGUCGACAAGUCCACUCUCGAUGUGCCCGGAUUCAACCGCUGGUGCAUGGAGAACUUCCUCCAGUCCUGCCCCGGCGCCACCCUGGGCAACGACCAGCGCCAGUCCGAAGGCAAGCCCUUCUACGAGUACUACGUGACCCUGCUCCCGCAGUCGGAGGUGAAGCACCGCGUCGAGCUCCCCUGGGCGGGCAAGACCAUCGACAUCCCCGUGCAGAAGAACGUGACCACCGCCUACCCGCGCGACCAGAAGAGCUACGACCCCGUCGAGCCCGCCGACCUUUCUUCCUUUGGCCCCACCACCCGGGGUCCCCUCGGCUGGGUCGUCGGCGGCCGCUCGGGCGACAAGGCCAGCGACGCCAACGUCGGGUUCUGGGUCCGCCACGACGACGAGUGGGAGUGGCUGCGCAGCGUCCUCACCAUCGACAAGGUUAGCCAGAUGCUGGAGGGGAGCAACAAGGGCAAGAGGAUCGAGAGGUUUGAGAUCCCGGGUGUUCGGGCCGUGCAUUUCCUCCUGAGGGAUCACUUGGACCGUGGGUUCAACUCGACCAGCGAGUAUGAUACCCUGGGUAAGAACCUGUGCGAGUAUCUGCGUGCCAAGUACGUGGAUAUUCCCAACAAGUUCCUUCGGAGGGGUCGGAUCUAAAGGAUUGGGGGUCGAGGGUGUUGUUGUGGAUGGGGAUGUAUGUGAUGGGAAAAUGAAGGAUCCCGUGGAGGGUAUUGGUAUGAUAAAACAAUGAAAUGAAUGACAGGACUUUGUCA